AUGGCAAUAUUUGUAUCUAUCUUUGCGGCAUUAGGUGGUUUUCUCUAUGGAUACGAUACUGGCUUAAUAUCCGGAAUUAUCAAUAUACCGUACUUUCUGCAAACGUAUGGCCAUAGACAAGGAAAUACAACAACCUAUCUUCUUGCAUCGAGCGAUAAAGGUUUGAUUGUGUCAAUCUUAUCAGCGGGUACAUUUGUCGGUGCACUACUUGGUUAUCCUUCAAGUGAUUAUCUUGGCCGACGUCGAGGAUUAAUUCUUGCUUAUCUUAUAUUUUCCGUUGGUGUCAUACUUCAAAUAAUCAUAGAACAAUUUCAAGUAUUUAUUCUCGGAAGAUUCAUCACUGGUCUUGGCCUUGGAAUUGUUUCCUGUAUUCUUCCAAUUUAUCAAAGCGAGUGUGCACCGAAACAGAUUCGUGGUGCUCUGGUAUCGACUUAUCAAUUGUUUAUAACUAUCGGGCUAUUCGUUGCUGCUGUUGUCAAUUAUCAAACAAAAGACCGAACGUCUUCAGCUGCAUAUCGUAUCCCAAUUGGUCUUCAACUACUCUGGACAGCUAUUCUUUGUAUAGGAAUGUUCUUAUUGCCAGAAUCACCUCGAUAUUUAAUCUUAAAAGGAAAUGUUGAUCAAGCCUAUCAAUCUCAAUCUCGGUUGACUUCGAAAAAAAUCGAUGAUCCUCAAGUGACAUAUCAUAUAAAAGAAAUGAUCGUCGAUACAGUAGCAGCGAAAGCACAACAAUCUGGAACUUAUCUUGACUGCUUUCAGCUAGGACCAGACAAAACACUCUGGAGAACCUUAGGAGGAAUAUUUCUUCAAGUAUGGCAACAAUUAAGCGGAAUCAAUUUCAUUUUUUACUACGGAACAACGUUCUUUCAUUCAUCCGGCAUGGCUCACCCAUUCCUCCUAACAAUUAUCAUCAAUCUUGUGAAUGUCACCAUGACCAUUCCUGGUCUGUUACUCAUCGAUCUACUCGGACGACGCAAAUUGUUAAUAAUUGGCGCUUGUGGAAUGUGUCUUUGUGAAUAUAGCAUCGCUCUCAUUGGACAAUCCAAUGAAACAAAACAAAAACUGCUCAUAGUAUUCGUUUGUAUUUACAUUGCAUUCUUUGCUUCGACAUGGGGUCCAUCGACUUCUGUUAUCACAGGUGAACUUUAUCCAACAUGCAUUCGCGCGAAGUGCAUGUCGUUAUCGACUGCGUCGAAUUGGUUGGUGAACUUCAUGCUCGGUUGUAUUACGCCAUAUUUGAUUGAUGCUGACAAGGGCAAUUUGGGGACGGAUGUAUUUUUCAUCUGGGGUACGACUUGUUUGGGUUGUGUAUUAUUUGGAUUCUUUUGUGUUUGGGAAACGAGAGGUUUAUCCCUGGAAAAGAUCAAUUAUCUGAUAAGAAAUUCUUCGCCGAUCACAUCUGUUCAGCUCAAUCAACGAAUGAGAUCCAGUGGAAUUAUAGAAAACGAAGUGUUGAAUAAUGAAUCGAUUCAACUUCUUGACAAAUCUUGA